UAAAAGUCCAAAUCCCAUGAAGCAUAAACUGAGCCAAGUUUUAAGCUUUUAAUGUCCCAUCAUCUCCCUUCUAAUAUUCUCUCAUACAUAAAAGAAAUAAACUUCUAAAAUCUCAAAAAAAUGGCCACUUUGAGUACCCUGGAACUCAUGCUUCAUGAAAUUCAAAACCAAGAAAAUAUUGGUGAUCAUGGAGGGAUGCCUGUGUUACCACAACGCCCCGUCUCUAAAGCUCGAAUACCAACCCGGAGAACUAGAAGGGCAAUCUUGUCAUUUCAUUUGCAAGAGUUUGGUGGCAAGAAGAAGGAAGAGUUUGUUGAUGGCAGCCCUGGUCUUAGUAAGAACAAUGAAGAUGAAAAAGAAAAGAGUAUAAUCAUAAUACAAAAAUGUUUUCGUGGAUACCUAGCACGCCUCCAAUAUUACAAGCUCACGGAAGGGAUUAUUACGCUUCAAUCAUUUGUUCGUGGCGAAAAUGCAAGAAGAGAGUUCAAAAAAUGGUCAAAAAUGCCCACACAAACACAUGUUAAUCAAGAGUUCGUGUGGAAACCAUUAAGGAACAGGGAGACAACUAUCGUAUAUUUGCAAUCUGUGGUUCGAGAUUGGUUAAGUCGAAGGCACCCUAAUUAUAUGCAAAAUGCAUCCAGUGAGAACAUGAAUGACGCAAACAACCUACACAACGAUAACAUAGAAAACGAGGAACAUAUCUCGGUGUCAGAACCUUAUAUCCGUGACCUUCAACGACAAGUAUUGAGAACAGAGGCCGCCUUACGCCACAAGAAACGUGAAAACUCCCUAUUGGCGCUCCAAAUUCAACAAAUCGAUUCAAAAUGGGAGUUACACAAGGCUGAGAUGAGCUUGAAGGAGAAAACAUGGCAAGACGAGUUCACCUCUAUUCAAAUGAGCUUAGCUGCAACUCGAGAAAGAACAAAAAGCGAAAUCAUUCAUUUCCCCCAAAACCCUAGUCGACGACACGACAAUGGCAAAAUAGAUCUUACAAUUAGACAGAUACUUGAGCUGCAAGAAAACGAUUUUAGUUUUCGCAUGCACAAUAUACAUAAUUUUGAAAAGUGUCAAAAACAAGAGCUUAGAAAGUUGAAGGGUCGAUUCAAGUCAUGGAAAAAAGAGUUCAAAGCUCGAUUACAAGAUGUAAAGAAAACAAUUAAUAGAUUUGAUGAGGCUGGUAGGACAAAAAAAGUACAUAAAAGAUGUUGGGUGGCUUAGUUUAUCCAAAAGAUUCAAAUCAUAAUCACACAUAUAUACAUACCAUUACAAGUUAAAGAAGAAAAAUUAAUUUCUCUUUAAAGAAUUGUCCUUUCCAAUACUUUUGAUAUUUCCCUUUUAGACUUUGGAAUUCAAGCCCAUAUAUAUUGUAUAUUGAA